CUAAGCUCAGCAAAGCUAUUUGCUCCAAAAAUCAAAAUUUCAAUGUUUAAAGUUUUUCCUUUCACUGCAAUAGUGCACCCUCAUGCAAUUACAGCACCAAGGUUGGUUGUGAAAAUGUCAGCAAUAGCCACCAAAAAUGCAGUGGAGUCAUUAGUAGUGAAGCCACCAGCACACCCAACUUAUGAUUUAAAGGGUGUUAUUCAACUUGCCCUCUCUGAAGAUGCUGGGGAUUUAGGAGAUGUGACUUGUAAGGCAACAAUUCCUAUUGACAUGGAAUCCGAAGCUCAUUUUCUAGCAAAGGAAGACGGGAUUGUAGCAGGAAUUGCACUUGCUGAGAUGAUAUUCGCAGAGGUUGAUCCUUCACUAAAGAUGGAGUGGUCUAUAAAUGAUGGUGAUAAAGUUCAUAAAGGCUUGAAAUUCGGCAAAGUACAAGGAAAGGCUCACAGCAUUGUUAUAGCUGAGAGAGUUGUUCUCAAUUUCAUGCAAAGAAUGAGCGGAAUAGCUACACUAACUAAGGCGAUGGCAGAUGCUGCACACCCUGCUACCAUCUUGGAGACUAGGAAAACUGCUCCAGGAUUACGUUUGGUGGAUAAAUGGGCGGUAUUGAUCGGUGGGGGGAAGAAUCACAGAAUGGGCUUAUUUGAUAUGGUAAUGAUAAAAGAUAAUCACAUAUCUGCUGCUGGAGGUGUCAGCAAAGCUCUAAAUUCCGUGGAUCAGUAUUUGGAACAAAAUAAACUCCAGAUGGGGGUUGAGGUUGAAACCAGGACAAUUGCAGAAGUACGAGAGGUUCUGGACUAUGCAUCUCAAACAAAGACUUCGUUGACUAGGAUAAUGCUGGACAAUAUGGUUGUUCCAUUAUCUAAUGGAGAUAUUGAUGUAUCCAUGCUUAAGGAGGCUGUAGAUUUGAUCAAUGGGAGGUUUGAGACAGAGGCUUCAGGAAAUGUUACCCUUGAAACAGUGCACAAGAUUGGACAAACUGGUGUUACCUACAUUUCUAGUGGUGCCCUAACGCAUUCUGUGAAAGCACUUGACAUAUCCCUGAAGAUCGAUACAGAGCUCGCCCUUGAAGUUGGACGACGUACAAAACGAGCAUGACCGCCAUUACUUUUGUUGUAGGGUUGGAGUAAAAGCAGCUGAAUGGCACAAAGUGCAAAUAAGAAUCAUUUUACUAGUUGUCAAACAAAUAAGAUGUAAGUUGCUGGAAUAUUUCGAUGGCUUUUUUCCAACCUAAUUGCUUGAGUUGGUAUUUCAUUAUAUCUUUGCUUUCAUGUUUCAUGGAAUUUGACACAAUGUAAAAAGUUGAUUUAAAAGUUUGGUGUAUGUGAAGUUUUGUGUUACUUCACAUCUUUUAUG